AUGAAUGUGACACCCAUGUCGCUGCCAUCGCUGCCGUCGCUUCGUUUUGAAGCCGUUAAGCCGUUGAAUAUGCACGGAUCCCUUCUGUCGCAGCUUCGUUCGAAGGAAGUAUCUUCAGAGCACUACAACUCGUUGCCCGCUUUCUGCAAGCGGUCGUACGGGCGACGUGACAAUGUCAUGUCUCCGCCCCGCCAUAGCUUCGUAUCCCCAUUGCCGGAGCCGGAGCUGGCAUGGCGUUCCAUGUUGACAGUCGACCAGGUGGCGGCGAUCGCCAUUGCACGGCAGGAAACAGGCUACGCACCGCUUGGUAGCAAGAGCAAGCUUGUAUGGCCAUCAAAGCAUACUGACACCAUCGUCACAACGACUGAAAACUGGAAAAAGACACGCAGGAAAGAGCAGUGCCGCAUCAAUCAGGCAAAUUACCGGAAACGCAAACGUCAGCAUGAACAGGAGGUCGCAGGUGAGAUUAAGGUACUGGAACAGGAACUUACGCGGCUGGAAACUCAUCGUGUCUCGGGUUCACACGGCGGACAAACGAGCGCUAUCGAGUCCAUUGGCGACUUCUACUACGUUGCAGGAGUCGAGAGCGAACAGCCGAGACUUGAUAUGGGGACAUUCCGGCUGGCAGACGGCAGCUCUCCAGCAUUGCAAUGCCUCUUGGAUCUCCAGAGAGAAGAGUUCGAGUCGGUGGAAUCCCUUAUGCUGCAUUGGCUUUACUACCGCAAACAGUUUCGAAUCUUUCAGCUCUCGGUCAACUCGUGUGAACGCCUGGAAGCGGGCGACCACGUGAUUAUUAGGAUCACCGGUCAGCUUCAGCUCGACGUCUACUACAACACGCAGAAGCAGGAUGGAGACAACCGAGGUCACGGCGCGAUCACGUGCCCUAUCACUCAACAGUUCGAGUUCGAGACGGGUUGUCAAGUUAUCACUCGGAUCACCUCUGAGGUGGAUCUUGUUGGUGGCGUCGCAGCUGCUCAAGUCGAAAGUGCCCCGGAAAACACACUGAGCGUCCUACGCUGCCUCUCCGAGGGCUUCACCUUGUCGAAUUGUAACCAUAUCAUGUAA